GAGAGAGUGUGCUUCAAUUUCAACAGAAAAAAAAAAACGCCGAGAGAAACAGAGGCGAAUGAAAGUGUUGAUCGCCAAUUUUUUCAGGUUACAAUGUCAAGUCGAUGGGCUAAACGAGGGAGAGGUACUUUGAAAGCAUAUUUCCAAGCUCAAAAACCUGAUCAAAUAGAAGAAGGAUCAACAAGUAAUGUUCAAUUUGCAUCUCCAUUAAAUGAUAGAAAUCAUGAAGUACCGAUUGUAAACCACGAACAUGAAGAAGUUGGUGGCCAAAGAACUGAAUUUGAAGCAAUGAGUACUCAAUGUGUACCUGAAGUUGUCGAAAAUGCAUAUGUUUCUUCAUUAAAACGGGACCCUGGAUUACGUAUGCCAAUUAUGCAGUAUCCGGUUAACAAACGCGAUGAAGUUCGCAGAGCUUAUCUACAAAUGGGGCGCAAUGUAACAAGACUUGCUAAGUAUCCAGGUACCCUAUUUGGAACGCAACUUCGUCGUUUUUCUGCUAUGUGGUUUGAUGAGUAUCACUGGGUUGAGUAUUCAAAAUCUAAAGAUGCCGCGUAUUGUUUCUAUUGUUUUUUGUUUGAGACAAAGUCUAUCAACCAGACCAGAGUAUACUUGUGAAGGGUUUAGAAAUUGGCAUAAUGUUAAGAAUGGAACUAAAGGUGCAUUUUUGGCGCACAUGGGGAAACCAAAUACUUUUCACUUCACUUCUGUAGAGAAAGGUCAGAAUUUGAAGAAUACAUCGCAGCACAUUUCUACAAUUUUCGAAGUACAGUCAACGGAGACUAUACAGAAAAAUAGGUUACGGUUCAUAACAUCAGUCGAAUGUGCCAAAUGGCUAGCCUUUCAGCAGUGUCCUUUUAGAGGCCAUGAUGAGUCAAAAAGUUCAAAGAACCGUGGUAAUUUUAUUGAGAUGAUAAAGUAUUCAUCUACACUCAACGAGAAGGUGAAAGCGGUUGUCUUAGAUAAUGCUCCUGGAAAUGCUAAGUAUACCUCGCCUCAGAUUCAGAAAUAGAUUUUGAAUAUUAUUUCUAACAAAGUCAGAAACAAGAUUCGUGAGGAUAUUUGAGAUAGGAAAUAUUGUAUACUUGUGGAUGAAUCUAAAGAUGCUUCAAACAAAGAACAGAUGGUGCUUGUUUUAAGGUAUGUUGAUAGUAAUGGAUAUGUGCAAGAACGAUUUUUUGAUAUUCAGCGUGUAAAAAAUACAUGUGCUUUAACUCUCAAAGAAGGUAUAGUUGAUGUUCUUAAUCACUAUAAUCUUCCAAUUGAAAAUAUUCGUGGUCAAGGUUAUGAUGGUGCGAACAAUAUGAGUGGUAAGUGGAAUGGGUUGCAAUCCUUGUUUCUUGAAGAUUGUAAACAGGCAUACUAUGUUCAUUGUUUCGCACAUCGACUACAACUUGCUCUUGUUAAAACAGCUGAAAACUUGGGUCCGGUUUGGAAGUUUUUUUCAAUGUUAACCUCAAUUGUUAAUCUUGUGACUGGUUCUUCACAGCGUAUAGCUGAUUUCCAUUCAGCUCAAGAAGAUGACAUUAACGAAAGAUUGGCUGCCGGUGAACUUGAGACGGGAAAAGGGGCUAACCAAAUAGGUACGUUGCCACGAGCUACUGAUACUCGCUGGAGUUCUCAUUUUAAUUCUGUAUGCAGUUUAAUUGACAAGUUUGAUCCAACUUGUACAAUAAUAGAAAAUAUUAGUAUGAAUGAUCCAAAUGUGACAUGUGGUGUUAGUCAAGCACAAAGUAUUUUUGAAGAAAUUAGAGAUUUUAAGUUUGUUUUUGUGUUGCAUUUGAUAUAUGAAAUAAUGGGAACCACUGAAAUACUAUGUCAAGGCCUUCAAAAGAAAACACAAGACAUUGUUAAUGCCAUGGCUCUAGUCUCAAACACCAAGCGUUUACUUACGAAAUUAAGAGAAGAUGGUUGGAGACAUUUUAUCGAGACGGUGUGCCUAUUUUGUGCUACCCAUAAUAUUGAUAUGCCUAAUAUGGAGGAUCGUUAUAUGGUAGGUACAGGUCAUUCUUGCCAACAAUAUGAUAACAUCACUGUGGAUCAUCAUUAUCACAUCGACAUUUUUAAUGCCACUAUUGAUUUUCAAUUGAAAGAGUUAAAUAGAAGGUUUCCUGAAGAUACAAUAGAAUUGCUGGUUCUUAGCUCAUGUUUGGAUCCUCGAGAAUUCUUUAAGUCAUUUAAUAUUGAGAAUCUUUGUACACUUGCUAAGAAGUUCUACCCUCUAGAUUUCAUUCCACAAGAAGUACACACUUUGAGAAGCGAAUUACGACAUUAUGGGGAAGAUGUAGUCAACCAUCCAAGCUUUAAGAACUUAUCUACUGUUUCGGAGUUGUGCCGACAGUUAGUGGAAACAAACAAGGCAGAAAUAUACCGUCUAGUUGAUAGGUUGAUUCGUCUUGUAUUAACUCUUCCAGUUUCUACGGCAACAGCAGAACGAUAUUUUUCAACAAUGUCGUGUGUUAAAAUAGCCCUUCGUAACAAAAUGGAGGAAGAAUUUCUUAGAGACUGCAUGAUGCUCAACAUCGAAAGUGUCCUUGCACGAAAUGACAGUAUAGAUUCGAUAAUAGAUGAAUUCGUUGCUCUCAAGGAUCGCAAGGCAAAACUGAAGUAGUGAUAUAUAUAAGGAUCUAAUGGAUAAUGGUUGAUAUCUUUUUUUGGUAGAACACUUUUUUUGUAUAUUUGUAUCAACCUAGACUAUUACACACAUAUGUAUAUAUAUAUAUAUAAGAAUCAUUUUUUGUA